AUGGAUACACCAAGAGCCCCAGGCCGAUCGGGAGAUGCCGGCAGCCCAGGCCCCACCACCACCUUUAACUCUGGCUUCCUGUUGGUGAUGCACAGCCAAUCAGACACAUUCCUUUCCUGUCCAGCAGACAUGACACAACUGUGGACUGGCUACAGUUUGCUGUACCUGGAGGGCCAAGAGAAAGCCCACACGCAGGACCUCGGUCAGGCCGGGUCAUGUAUGUGUCUCUUCAGCACCAUGCCUUUCCCCUACUGUAAAAUGGGCAUGUGUGACCACGUCAGCUGCAAUGACAAGUCCUACUGGCUGUCCACCGCAGCGGCAGUGCCCAUGAUGCCUGUGGUGGGCCAGGACAUCCAGCAGCACAUCAGCUGCUGCAUAGUGUGUGAGGCCCCCUCCCCUGCUGUGGCAGUUCACAGCCAGGAAAACAGCAACCCCUUCUGUCCCACCAACUGGAGGAGUCUGUGGGUGGGAUACUCCUUCCUCAUGUUCAUCCAGUGA